AUGUGGGACGUGGACCGGAACGUCGCCGGUACAAAGCAGCCUAGCCGCAGAAAUGAUCCCUCGCCGGAUGUCUCGGCACAGCCGCGACUGACUAAUGUCCAAGAAGCAGGAGACAUCGUGGCCGGGGCGGAUCAGCCCACACACCGGCUCUACAGGUCGGACGCCGAGAUAAUGGGACUGGAUCUGUUCGACGAGCCGGAUGCACCGGUUUACAGACAGAUCUGGCUGCCGAAUUAG